AUGUCUUGGGCACAGCAACGCCAGAGAAUCCGGCAGGCCGUGGAGGCGGGCGUCGCCGCGCGGACCUCUCCGCAGGGCUCGGAGCUGCUGCGCCUCCCCAACGCCCAGCAGCUCCUGCUCGUCCGGCCGGACGGGCAGCCCACCCGCGCCGGGCAGUUCUACUACCAGCUGGUCGGGCGGCGCCCGCCCUCGCGGCGCUUCAACGAGGCGCAGCCGCUCGUGCGCGACGGCCCCAACGACUACAUUUUGCUUCGGGGAGGCGCCAAGAAGCUGGUGCGCAGCCUGCAGCCCGACGGCAACUACCGCGUCACCAAGCUGGGCAAGGCCUUCUUCAAGGACAAGUAA